AGAAACGCCACUCUCAAAAGAUUUUUUUAGAGGGCGCUGUACCGGCGGCAGAUCCGAGUAUCAAGAUGGCGUCCCUUGUCACCGAUGUUCUGCUCGCAAACACGGAUCUGUUGGAAAAGGAAGACCUGGGGACGCGCAUCGGCAAAUUAUCAACUCACAUUGAUGAGAUCAAGGGUGAAAUCUACCAUGCCGUACACGAGAAGUAUGCCAACUACAGACCCACCAGGGACUCCACCCAGGAGCUGCACAACAAGGUGCAGACACUGUCCACUGAGAUGCAGACUCUCAGCAAUAAGAUCAAGGGAGACAUCAGUUCCCAGCUCAACAGCUCCACAAGUGAUCUUCAUGACCUCACCAGACAGUUGGAGAAGACUAACGCUAUCAUUGAUGUGCUACAGUCACUAUGCAAGGUUAACGAUUUACUGACAGAUUUUCAGAGUUUUGUCCAGAACGGUGAGUUCCUGCAAGCAGCCAAUGCCGUCAAUGAAUUGAAAUCUGAUUUGGACGUUCUCAUUGAAGACGGAUACUGUGAGCUGAAAAUUGUCAAGGCUCUAAGGUCUGAGCUGCGAGUGAACCAAGAGACGCUGCUGCAUCAUCUAGGAGAGGCCUGGUCUGCCAUGACUGUCUGGACCAUACCCCGUGCCAAAGAACCUGUCACCCUGACCAACGUCAGCCAAGUCCAACUCAAAGUCGUUAACAUUGAAAAUGCUGCGGUGACUGUCAAUGCCAUGAAGCAGGUCGGAAUUCUGAAGAGCAAAAUGCAAGUUUUCGGAAAGAAACUGAUGGAGUAUAUUCUGAAGCCGGUUGUGACGUUGUCAAAUGUUGCGCCAUCAAUUAACGCGGCUAAAAAGUCGCAGUCAACCACCGUUGGAUUCAAGGUGCUACCCAAGAGCUCUGAGGAGCCGUCUGAUCCCGUAGCUGUGUACAAGAGCACAUUGGCAAUACUGAAAGCACUGAGUGGGCCGUUACUUAGCCUCAAGACAGAGGGCAAAAACGGAGAUGAGAACACAACGCUGAUGGCUAUGCUAGGAGAACACGUCUGGCCAGAGCUGUCCAAGUGUAUCAUCACACAUUGUCUGGUGCACUCGAUACCCACAAGCAGCUCAAAGCUCAAUGAAUACAAAGCUGUCAUCACGGCUACCGAGGGAUUUGAAGCUUCUCUACGGAAAACAGGGUUUAUUGCAGAAACUGCUUCUCCACUGCUGACCUACGCCAGAGAUGUCAAUGUCCACUUUGCUAACAAAAAGUGUCAAGAGCUGAUAGUUGAAGCCCGCAAGCUGAUGAAGAGAGAGCUGCACAAUACAAAGAGAGUCGGUACAAUGAAGGUUGACAACAAGGACGUCAAGGAUCAAAAACAAGAUACCAAGGACAAGUGCCACGUGAGUGAGGGUAUCUUUGCACUGCCUGAGUGUGCAGUCAGUGACAGCAUAGAGUGUCUUGUUAAUCUAGCCUACCAGACAUUACAAGAAGCUGCUAGUAACACACCACAGUGUGCCAUCCAGCUGUUCUACACAGUGCGAAACAUGUUUGAGAUAUUUUGCGAUGUCGUACCCACAUACCACAGAGAUAGUCUGCAAAAGCUACCCCAGGUGUGCGCUCUUCACCACAACAACUGCAUGUACAUCGCCCAUCACCUGCUGACGCUGGGCCAUCAGUAUCGUCAAUCCUUACCCCCGCCCCUCUGUGACGGCACGUCCACGUUUGUCAACCUCAUCCCUGUCUUCAGGAAGCUGGCAUCCGAAUGUUUCUUGGCUCAAAUGGUUGUCCAUCAGUUGGGUCACCUCCAGCGAGUCUGGACCGACAUCCUCCCCAGUAACAUCUACACCAAGGCCAUGUCUACACUCAUCAACACGGUACUCAUGCACAUCCUGGAGAAAGUCUCGUCAUUUGAGGACAUCUCAGCUGAUGAUGCGCAGCAGUUACAUUCAUUACUCUCGGGACUGCAAGACAGAAUUCCACACUUGAUCAAACCAGGAGAAGUUGAGGAACCAGUUUUGGUGCAGAGUACCGUUGAUCAGUGGACGUCAUUCAGCGAGUUGCUGUUUAUGUUAGAUGCCAGCAUGCAAGAUAUUGUCGACAGGUGGGCGGAGGGCAAGGGACCACUCGCUAUGGUGUUCAGCGCCAGCGACGUGAAGAGCCUGAUACGGGCCAUCUUCCAGAACACCGACAGACGAGCCACAGCGCUCGCCAAAAUCAGAUAGGAUCAGCCGGGAAAACAAGCUCGCAACAACAAAUUCCUCAUCACUUGCAACAACACCGUGAUGCCAGGCACGGCACAGUUACUACAACAUAGCACCUGCCUCAGAUUGUCUGCUCACCAGAAC